AUGACGUCCCCUGCCGCGCCCGCUGCCGUCGCCAUUGGCUCCACCAUCCAGCUCCAGGCCGACACAACGGCCCAGCCCGUCGCUUGCGGUUUCACCUCGGGCGGAGUCUCCCCCGGCGGUACCGCCUUCACCGCUUUCAACCCCCAGACGGGCUGCGAGGUGCCCCAGGGCUUGGCCGGUGUGACCUACGUGACGCUCACCAGCUCUGCCCCCAUCAACGGCGCCUUGACCGACGACAUCACCCUGGCUGGCCCCAUGGUGUUGACCAUCUCCUACCUACGCCUCAUCGCCGAAGUUGAUUCCAUCAGGCAGAUGAUCACUGGCAGCGUCUCCGCGAUCAAUGCGGCCUUCGCGUCCUUCUCAUGGCCUCUUGCCCUCGUCUUCUAG